CCCAAAACAAAAUAGUCUCCAUAAGUGAGUAACAGAAGCCAUGGAAAUUCCUUUUCCUUUCUCUUUUCCUGCUGCCAUGUGUCUCUUUCUAAUUCCUGGAGUUUUUCCAGUAUCCUCUGAGGGAAUAAUAGGAGGAAACAUAGUGACACCUCACUCAAGAAUCUACAUGGCUCUAAUCAAAGGGCAGCAAACCUGUGCAGGAGCUUUGAUCAAAGAAAACUGGGUGUUGACAGCUGCUCACUGUGACCUGAAAGGUAAUCCUCAAGUUAUUCUUGGGGCCCACUCCAUAAUCCAUAAAAAGAAAUAUAACCAAAUAUUUUCCAUUAAAAAGGCAAUUCCUUAUCCAUUCUUUGAUCCAGAGACAUUUGAAGGCGAUCUUCAACUCCUUCAGCUGGAAAAAAAAGCAACUAUGACCAAAGCUGUAGGACUACUUCAAUUACCAAAAACAGGAGACGAUGUCAAACCCCACACCAAGUGCCGUGUGGCAGGAUGGGGAAGCACCAAAAAAAACUCACACAAAAACUCAGAUGUCUUGAGAGAAGUCAACAUUACUGUGAUAGACAGAAAAAUAUGCAACGAUGCCCGGCACUAUUUUAUUCAAGUUGUUAAACUCAGUAUGAUCUGUGCUGGUGGCAGAAAAGGUGAAGAUGACUCAUGUGAAGGAGAUUCUGGAAGUCCUCUGAUAUGUGGUAACAUUUUCAGAGGUGUCACUUCCUUUGGGGAGUGUGGAAACUCCCAGAAGCCUGGCGUCUACACACUCCUUACCAAAAAAUACCUCAACUGGAUAAAGAAAACCAUUGCAGGAGCCAUAUAACAUUUUUUCUUCAAAGUAGAAAACUGAGCUAACCACUUGGAGAUGUCAAGCAAAUAGUGCUUUUUGGUUUUUGUUUUGUUUUGUUUUAAGACAUUUUUUAUUGAGUUAUAGUCAUUUUACAAUGUUGUAUCAAAUUCCAGUGUAGAGCACAAUUUUUA